CUCUCUCUUUCUCGUUCUUCUGCAAGUUUCUGGUAAGCUCUCUUUUAUAUCCUUGUUUAAUUUCAAUUUAAUGAUUACAUCUUUAUAGAUACACGUUUCUGUUACUAUUUAGAAAAAACCCACAAAAAAAACCCUAGAAAGGGCAAAAUUAGUAAUGGAUCAAAAUGAGGGAGAACAAUUUAAUCCAAAAGAAGCGAUAUCUGCUGUUGUUGAUGAGGGUUUUUUAGGGGAAGAAGAGGAAGAUGAUUAUGAGGAUCUUUAUAAUGAUGUUAAUGUUGGUGAGGGUUUUUUACAGUCUUUGAAAAAAAAUAAUGAGGAUUUAGUGGUUAAGAAUGAACCAGAUUUUGAAAAGAAAGAAAACCCGGGUCUGGUUUUGGGAGACGGACAAAACCCGGAAAGGGGUCAUGGUGAAGAGAGAAAAUUUGAGAUAAAGCAAGAGGCUUUGGAUGUUGGGGUGGGUGAAAAUGAGGUGAAAGGGAGAGGGGUUGGUUUGGGUGGUGUGAAAAUUGAGUUAGGGGGGUCUGUGGAUAAAGUAGGUGAGGUGGAAAGUCGGAGUUUGAAUGACGGGAUAGCGAAUGUAGGGUUGGGACAAGAGCAAGCGCAUCUUGGUGGGGCGGCGAAUAUGGGUAAUCUAGGUAAUCCGGGCGGUGAUGGUUUUGCUAGGCAAGGUGGUGGGAAUGUUAAUGGUUCGGGUGGGAAUUUUAAUACGUUUGGAAACGGUGGUGUUGGUGUGGGUGGAGCUGGUGUUGGGGGUGGAAGUGGAGGUGGUGGGACGGUUCUUUUUGUGGGGGAUUUGCAUUGGUGGACGACUGAUGCUGAGCUGGAGACAGAGCUUUGUAAGUAUGGUCAAGUGAAGGAGGUGAAGUUUUUUGAUGAGAAAGCUAGUGGGAAGUCGAAAGGAUACUGUCAAGUUGAGUUUUAUGAUUCUGCAGCUGCGACUGCUUGUAAGGAGGGGAUGAACGGGCAUGUGUUUAACGGUAGGCCUUGUGUUGUUGCGUAUGCUUCUCCAUAUAGUGUUAAAAGGAUGGGGGAAGCACAGGUGAAUAGGAACCAACAGAUGGCUCAGUCUUCUGCAGGUCAACCUAAAAGGGGUCCGGGAGAUGUUCCAGCUAAAACAGGGGUUAAUAAUAUGCCUGCUGGUGGUAAUUUUCAAAGUGGAGGUGGAAAUUUUCAAAGUGGGAAUGAUAAUAAUAGAGGGUUUGGAAGAGGAAAUUGGGGUAGAGGUAAUGCUCAAGGGAUGGGAGGUCGAGGGCCUGGUGGACGUGGUAACAUGGGUGGACGUGGUAAUAUGGGUGGGCGUGGUAUAAUGGGGAAUGGUGGAAAUGGGUUUGGACCACCACCAAUGAUGCACCCUCAGUCGAUGAUGGGUCAGGGGUUUGAUCCUUCUUUUGGAGCCCCGAUGGCACGUAUGGCAAAUUAUGCAGGCUUUCCUGGUGGUCCAACGCCUCCGUUUUCAGGUAUGAUGCCUUCUUUUCCACCUGUCGGUAAUGUAGGAUUACCUGGUUUAGCGCCUCAUGUUAACCCGGCAUUCUUUGGGAGAGGUAUGCCCAUGAAUGGGAUGGGUAUGAUGCCAACUGCUGGUGUGGAUGGACCCAAUAUGGGAAUGUGGUCAGACCCCAAUAUGCCUGGAUGGGCUGGCGAUGAACAUGGUGGUAGAGUAGGCGAGUCUAGUUAUGGCGAGGAAGCUGCAUCUGAUCAACAAUAUGGCGAAGGUAGUCAUGAUAGAGGAACCUGGCAACAUGCCACUAAGGAAAAAGAUAGGGACUAUACUUCUGAUAGAAGACCAAGAGAUGAUAGAGAAUCCGGAUAUGAAAGGGAAUUGCCACGAGAAAAAGAUGUGGUGCAUGAAAGUGAGUGGCCUGAAAGAAAGCAUCGUGAUGAGAGGGAUAGUGGAAGAGAUCGUGAAAGGGACCGAGAGCGUUCUCGCGAUCGUGACCGUGACCGCGAGCGUUCUAGGGACCGUGACCGUGAUAGGGAGCGUGGCAGGGAUCGCCAUAGGGAUGAUAGGGACAAAUAUUCUGAUCAUCACAGGUACAGAGAUGCCGACCCAGAGUAUGAUGAUGAGUGGGAUCGCGGGGGUCGAUCUUCUCGAUCCCAUGGAAAAUCAAGGCUAUCUCAAGAGGAUGAGCAUAGGUCAAGAUCUAGGGAUGCUGACUAUGGGAAGAGGCGGCGUGUAACUGCAGAAUGACAUUGUAUGGUGCUACUUAAAUUUACAGGGAAUCACAUCAAGUUAUCAUGAAACUUAAGCUUUCCUUAAUCGCGGUUUGCUGCACUCAGGUGGAAUCUCUCUGGACUACUGACAAUGAGUUUCUUUUUCAAGUUGAUCAACAUGGUCUUCUUUGGAAGAUUUGAUAGGGAACUGAAGCUGUUCAGAGUCGAUGUUUGCUUUUGAGAUGCAGAAGAGCUGUGGAGCUUGGGCUUACAGAUUUACGUGAUGAUGAUUCGACCUUGCUGAUUUACAAGUGGAACGUUAUUUCAAUUUAGUUAUUAGAUGUUGUUUGGAAUUAUCAUGUACUUGAAACUAUGUUGUGGCUGAUAUUUCUGUGCCCAGUAACUUAGACUUUACUACUAUGUUGAAUGUGGGAUGUAUUAGGAUUUUUGCACCAUGUUUCUGGAGGAUUAACCUCCUUUUGCUUGUUGUUUUUAUGUAUAUGUUUUGUUGUAUCUUUUUCUUUUUGCUGUAUUUUUAUGUAUAUAUGAGGCCGACUGUGGCUGUAAGCAGAUAGAUUGUAGUGACUAGGUGUACUAACCACUUGAUGAAUAGAUUUCCCCAUUGGAACCUCAAGUUGUACAUUUGAUCAAUAUGACUGUUCUGGUGAUA